AUGAAGCCAUGGGCCAGUCUUUCCCUUUGCGCUCUGUUGCCUUUUGUUUUUCCCUCCUCUGCCACAAACACCUCUGCGUUGCAACUAAAGCGAAGCCCUGAUAAAGACCCGACGGAUUUCUCGUGGAUAAAACGAUGGGCAGCAGUCGGUGACUCGUUCACGGCUGGCAUUGGGUCUGGCAAUGUCUACAGCAAUGAUCGCGGUGAUGUUUCCUGUUCGCGAUACGAUUACUCGUAUCCGGUCAUUUUGAAUCAGUACUUUGGGCCCAGUGUGACGCAGUUCAAAUACUCGGCAUGUUCGGGGGCGACAUCUGAAGAUAUCUCCGGUCAGAUUAAAGGGCUUCCUAGUGACUUGGACUUGGCUGUGUUGACGGCCGGUGGAAAUGAUCUAUGUCUGACCUCGAUUAUCAUGAAGUGCAUCCUGCAAUCCGUCACCUCCGAGUCAAACUGCAACAAAGCCAUCACCACAGCCCAAGAUGCAAUCGACAACCUGCUGCAGUCCAACGUGCAAGAUCUCCUGACCUCAUUGGACAAGAAGAUGAACAAGGAUGGAAUCAUCGUCCUGGCCUCCUACGCGCAAUACUUUGACACGAGCAAUGACGAAUGCACAAACCAGCAAGACUGGGUCUUUCCAGGACAGGCCGGGUCUACCAGUCUGCUACUCACCAAAGACCGACGAUCCAAGUUCAACACGCUCGUCGAAAAUACAAACAAAAAGCUGCAAGCGGCCGUCACGGCCGCUGCGAAGAACUCGAAAGCCAAGAUUGUCUUUGCGGAUUGGGAUCCGUGGGGUGAAUCCGCAAAAGGACGAUUCUGUGAACAGGGCGCAUCUCCUGACCCCUUUGAUAAAAGCAAUGAUCGGGUGUUGUUCUUCAAACUGCCGACGUACAAGGUGCUCAAUCCGGGAUUGGUCAUGCGAGAUGAAUUCGGAUUCAGCGGUUUGGAGACGACGUCCAAUGUCACGAGUGCCAUGGAGGAAAAAGAUACUGCAGACUAUCUCUCCGCCCUCGCCUUGGACACGAGAGAAGCAGAUGUGAAGCAGCCAGCGUGUGGAAAGGGCCUUCUAUCAGGAGCCCUGCCCGAUAAGAUUGGAAAGAUCUUCCAUCCCAGUAAGCUUGGUCACGAAGCCAUGGCAUCCUUUGUUUCGUUUGCCGUCACCCAGGCACGGUCAUCGAUACUGGGCAUUGACGAUCCGCUCUGCGAGCCAGUCAAUGACCUCAAGUGCUCCCAAGACAGCGGAUCGAAGCAAUAUGCCAGUGCAUAUUCGCUCUACCUCCACACGGAAGAGUUCUGCAGCAGCAUGAAGAAAAACGCCCCGUCAGGCAAGUAUGGCUGGUCGUAUUCCAAGACAUACAACAAAGAUACGCCCGACGAAGCCACAUUCAGCCUGGAACUGGAACAGACCGCCAGUGCCAGCGACGAAAAGGCGUGCAAUCGCGCCGUCAACCAAAUCCUGGACGGCUGCGAUGGCAAUGACAAGAACAACCCCAUGAACUGGAAGUUUGGUGGCACAUACAAGAACGGCGGCUACACAUAUAAGAUCACACCGAAUAGAAAAAAACGCCCUUUUCCCGUGCCGAAAAAGCCCACCUCCUCCUGCACGGGGAGCUACAAGUUUGUGCUCGAUCGAUAUAACAUCCGUGGAGCUGGAUGGGCGUCGUGGGACUUUGGAAAGGACUCGCUGAAGCCGAACUCGACGCACUGCUUUGGAAAGGGGCUGACAGGCUGGUAUUUUGAGUAUUUCGAUGAGCCGGACAAGAAUGGAUAUGAAUGGCUGGCCAAGUUCAAUUCGCCGAUUUGGACCAAAGCGCGGUGUUAUAAUAAUAAUAAAGUGCAAAGGGGGGCAGGGGGGCCAUCGAGUGGAGGAUGUUCCUAG